AUGAGUGGUAACGUACCUCCUCCCUCCGGCGGAUUUCCAUCUGCACCUGGUGGUUAUCCACCACCUGCUGCACCCGGUGCCGCAUACCCUCCCGGUCCCGGUGCCUACGGACCAUCGGCACCUGGCUAUGGACCUCCUGCUGGAGGUUUCGCCCCUUCAGUUGGUUACUUCCCUCCUGUUGGUUACGCCCCUUCAGCAGGGUAUGGACCCCAGCAAGGUCCACCAGGUAAAUUGUUGCUUAUCAUUAGGAACAAAUGA